CGAUAUACGUGACGUAUACAAGACUUAACCUACAAAAAACAACAAGAACCAUGACAGGAAAAUAAUCUGUGUUGCACUUAUCCGUCCGCCCACUAAAAAAAUAAGUGACAAACAAAUGUUUAAACAUGUGAUUAUUGCGACAAAGGACUAAAUAUAAAGUAGAAAAAUAAAAGAUGUUCGGGACACUUCGAGACAAGUUCCAGUCCAUGCAAGAAGGACUUUCUGCAAGUAUUCGUGGAUUGACACUUGCAGAAGCUUCUGCAAAACCAAAAAAGCUAGUCAAUACAAGAAAUGUCAACUAUGAUGCUGGCGCUGACAUGCUUCACCACUUCCAAAUGGAAUGGAAUACCUUGCAUGAACUUGCAGAAGAGAAUGCACAGAAAGCUCAGGAAGCAGAUGCUUUGAUCGCAACGAUUCAUGAAAAGUUGGAACUUCAGUGGAAUAGCAUCGCAACAUUAAAUAGUACUUUGGCCUCUAUACCAAAGAUCAACAAUACCAUUCAAGAGCUAAUGGAUCAAAUAGGUUCCUUACAAGAGAUGUUCGAAGAAGUUGAUAAUGCAGUUUUUGAGCUAGAAGAUUUACAGGAAAUUCUAGAUUUACAAAGUAGUCAGCUAGAUCAUAGGUUUCAAUUGGCUUUAUACAAAGAGAAAAAACUAUCUGAACUAAAGCAUGUUAGAGAGAAACUAGCAAGUGAACAUGCAGAAAAAGUUCUAAGACACGAAAGGGAGCAAGAAAAGCUACUGAGAGAAAGGCAAGAAACCUUUGAAGAAGCUUUCAAAGAAGAGCUCAACGAAUACAAAAAGACUGGUUCUGUUCCAAAAACGCCUUCGAACUCGCAAAAGGGCCCGAGCUUAGAGGAAAUAGUCCUUGACUCAGAUUCAGCCGAUUACGACGAAUUCCUCAAAGAGUAGCAAGAUAGAAUACUCAACAAGAAUGUUCACUUUCGUAUGUCGUCAAGUUAUCAGCGACUCGUCUCGAAAAUUCGGUAGUAAUCAGCCGCGCGAGCGCGACUAUGGGACCAUGAGUUUCUUGCAUAAAAUUAAAACUCGUCCGUAUAAUAACUAGUGAGAUAUAUUAGAUAGAAGCAUAGAUACUAGGCAUACGAGUUAUACAAAGUAUAUAUACCUAGUUUUGUCAAAACAUUCAUGAGUAUUUUGUACAAAUUCUAUUUUACAAUUUGGCUUGGUUAUACAAAAAGUUCAACGAGUCUCUAAUUAACUCAAGGCCUAAAAGCCGUUGUACUGUUGUCGCUGGUAGUGAACCUGGCCUCUGGCCUGCUGGUUUCUCCUGCUCUGAGGCUGGUUGAAAGCUCCGAAGCCCUGUUGUUGGUUGUAAUUCUGUUGCUGGUUGUAAUUCGGUUGCUGAUUGAUGGAGUUCUGCUGAAUGAAAGCGUUCUGCGGCUGGCUCUUUUGCUGGAAGGUUCUGAGUUUGUUCUGAUGCUGGGGCUGGUCAAGUCUCACCUGUUGAACCUCGUUGAAGGUCUGCGGAGGCUCGCUAGAACAGAAAGAGAACGUUGUACGAUUGCUUUUUUAUAUCAAGCGCGCCAGCUAUUAACAUAGAAAAACUAUUCAGUCGGCGAAGAUAGGGUAAUAAUUCAAAGACGCAAUUAUGCAAAUUAGUCGCGACAGCCUUGAUAUAAAAAUACACUUUCGACAUGAUGGCCCGACUCACCAUCCGGUGACGUUCUCGGCGGCGUCGCAAGCGUUGAUGAGCUCGUUGAAAGCGUGGCCAGCACCGCAGUUCUGGAGUCGAGGUCGGUUAUCGACGCAGAUGUAGUAGUGCUGGCAGUCGUUCGGACUCUUGUAGAACCUGGUCUCCGAGACGAGGAAGGAGUUCGGGUCCUGGGUUGGGCAGGUGAAUCCCAGGAAGGCUAUACAUUUUUUUUUUAAAUUACAUACUACACGUGCGUAGAGUUAGAAACAAAACUUAUAGCAGAGGAAUCUUACCUUCGGCGUCACAGUCGGGUACCUGGUCGGGCCAGUCGCAGCGGUAGGUCUCGGGGUUGUAGGCAAGACCUUCGGGGCAGUCGAAGACGUAGGACCUACCGUCGACGCAGUUCAUGAAUUUGCCGCAGUUCGUGCGGUCGCCCAUCUUGAAGUAACCAAACUGGUGAGGACAGUCCUCGGUCGGCUGAGCUGGUUCUGUAAUUGUUUAUAACGUAGAUCAACGAUUUUAUGUAAAUAUAUAAUGCGUACGAGUAUGGUGCACGCAAAGUUAUAUACGAAAAGAAAGGAAAGCCUAAAUAAGCUGAAACUAUGUAUAAACGUUUCUAACGAUAUUCCCUGCAAUUAUUUAUUAACAGUGUAUGCACACCGUGAAAUUUACGAAAAUAAAGGUAUAUAAUUUUUCAAA